AUGACUCCCGACGAACAACUGCUUCGCGGCCAACUGGCCAUCUUCUGCAUUCUGAUCGUGCCCGCCCAAUACGUCUUCUUCAAACAUGGUCUGGGCGGCUUCAUGGGCUGGCUGUUUGUCCUCAGCUUCUGUGCGAUCCGCAUCGUCGGCUGCGCAAUGGAGAUCCACGAGGAAAACCAACCGACCCUCAGCACCGCCGCUCUGAUCGUCAGUUCGCUGGGGUUGUCGCCUAUCUUGCUGGCAUUGAUGGGUGUUCUGGAAGAAGCGCGCAAUGCUCGUUCUGGCCGCAGGGGCGGAUGGCUGCAGCUCAUCAUCGUGACGCAGUACCACGCCCUGGUGAUCGUGGCCAUUGUGCUAAUCCUGAUCCACGCCUCCUCGUUGCUCUCGGCGCAUCGCACCUCGACGGCCAAGACGUUCAUCGAUGCCGGGUUUGCCCUGCUCUGCGCGUCGUGGCUGUUUAUCUGCGUGUUUACCCUCGUCUCCGUGGCUUUUGUGCGGGAGAAGAGCAUGAAUAUCGAACUCUACCGAGGUGGAACAAGACUCCUCUAUGCCGUGAUGAUCUGCCUCCCCUUCGUCGGCAUGCGCAUGGUCUACGCUACCAUCGUGUAUGCCGCCGACAACACGACGGCUGAGUCUUCGUUUGGUCUCAGAGUUGCCUUCGGCGUGGUGACCGAGUUUGUGGUUGCGAUUGUUCUCUUGGUGGCCGGAGUGAUGACGCGGAAUCUCCAGCGGGAGAGGAAGAGGACGGAGUGUUGA